CAUCUCUGCUAUCUAGCGUGAGUCGAUAAUCGCUACAAGUUUCCGAUAGUAUAGAGAACGUUCUUUGUGGAUCGUAAUUCAUUGACGUAACCGAGGCUACGCCAAGCUACGAUAUUUCGUUUACGUAUUGUCGGUACGAAUUAGUGGUACGGUGAAUAUUUAUGGAAGUAAUGAAAUUAAUUAUGAAGUAAUACAGUGCCGAAGGUGUAUUUAAUUAUAAAUAGAGUGGCGCUGCGGUGCUCUCACCGUCGACUGUAACAUGCCGUGAAACAGAGGUUAUGUUGCGAAUGAAACAACGGUUCGUAAGAGUUAAACAGAUAUAAUUUGAUUUGUGAGAGUAACCGAGAAUCUCUAAGUAUCUAAAGACUGAGGAAAACUCGUCCGAAAAAAACUGCUCGUUCAAUGACGUCGCCCACUUGCUGAGUUCUAUCUAAAUGGCUCUAUUAUUUACAAGUAUGUGGGACUCGACCAUGUUUCUGAGUACUUUAACGCCAAAGUUUUACGUUGCUUUAACUGGUACCUCAUCACUCAUCUCUGGACUGAUACUUAUAUUUGAGUGGUGGUACUUCAGAAAAUAUGGAACUUCCUUUAUUGAGCAGGUAUCCUUAAACCACAUAUCUCCUUGGAUCGGAGGAGGUGACGGUACAGGGGAUGGGAAUAACACAGGUGCAGGUGGCACUAAUUCCUCUAAUCAGCAAAACGUACCAGAAUGUAAAGUAUGGAGAAACCCGAUAAAUUUGUUUCGAGGAGCUGAAUAUCAGAGAUUUUACUGGGCAACCAACAAGGAGCCCUUAACAUAUUACGAUAUGAACUUGUCGGCUCAAGAUCAUCAAACAUUCUUUACGUGCGAAGGAGACACAGGAAAAGAGGAGUACAAACUCAUGCAGACAGCAUGGCGGGAGCGUAACCCAGUGGAAAGGAUUAAAACGGCGAGGAGUGCUCUCGAACGCAACCCUGACUGCGCUCCUGCAUACAUCUUACUGGCCGAGGAAGAAGCAACUACAAUUUUAGAAGCAGAGAAGAUCUUAAAGCAGGCACUGAAGGUAGCAGAAAAUAACUACAGGAAGUCUCAAAAUACUCAACACCAAGGCUCGAUAGCGGAAGCGAUCCACAGGAGAGAUACGAACGUUCUAAUUUAUAUCAAGAGGCGACUAGCCAUGUGUGCCCGAAAGCUCGGGAAGUUAAAGGAGGCAGUGAAGAUGUUUAGAGAUCUCACGAAGGAGGUCCCACCUAUCAUGAACGUCUUGAACAUUCACGAGAAUCUCAUAGAAGCAUUGCUCGAAAUGCAGGCAUACGCUGACGUGCAGGCUGUGCUAGCCAAAUACGACGACAUCAGCCUUCCAAAGUCUGCAACCAUCUGCUACACCGCCGCGCUACUAAAGGCGCGAGCAGUUGCAGACAAAUUCUCCCCAGACAUAGCGAGCAAAAGAGGACUAACGACGGCAGAGAUGACAGCGGUUGAGGCCAUACACAGAGCAGUGGAGUUUAAUCCACAUGUGCCGAAGUAUUUGUUAGAAAUGAAGCCUCUCAUCUUGCCACCGGAGCACGUUUUGAAACGAGGUGACUCGGAAGCUAUCGCGUACGCUUUCUUCCACCUCGCUCACUGGAAGCAAAUGGAGGGUGCACUGAAUUUACUACACUGUACUUGGGAAGGUACUUUCAGAAUGCUUCCGUACCCACUAGAAAGAGGACACUUAUUCUAUCCUUACCCGACGUGUACAGAGUGCGCGGAUAGAGAACUUUUACCUUCGUUCCACGAUGUAAGCGUGUACCCUAAGAAGGAGUUGCCAUUUUUUAUCCUUUUCACAGCAGGCCUCUGCUCCUUUACAGCAUUGUUGGCCCUGCUGACGCAUCAGUACCCUGACACGAUGGGUGUGGUGGCCCGAGCUAUGCUAGCUUGGCUCUCUCUUCCAUUUUAUUAUAUUCUGGACAAGCUUGAAGCGGUUUUACCAUCCAACCUCUUGCAGCAGCUCUCUCGAAUAUAACUCCUUUCUUGGAUCUCUAUAACGAAACCGUAAUGUGAUAUAUUUAUGAUAAUUAAGCUUUUGCCCCAUUUUCCGUCUAAUGGUUCUGUGUAAUGUACCUACAUGUGUAUAUAUACACGCUCGAGCGUACUUUCCCACUCCCCAUGGACUGAUGUUUCCACAUAUGUAUAGUUCUAUUUGUUUACUUAUCAUCAUAAGUCAGUUAACUCCAACGUCGCAUGACUAAGUGUACAGAUAAACAAGCUGAAUAUAAGAUUUUAUGUGACUUUU